AUACUGGGACGAAAUUCUAAGUUGCGCCGGUGGGCAUUCAGCCCUCCAAUUCGCCUUAUCUGUAUCUCUACGUUUCGGUAAGCUAGGAUACAACAUCCCCAAGCCAAAGACCCCCAGAGCCCUCUAUCUUAGCAGGGCAAAUCAAUGGCAUCGUCUUCACUCACUUCAAUUCCUCUCUCCUCUUCUUCCCUCAACAUUCCACAUUGUUGCUCCAAACCUUCGUUCACUUUUCUGUCUUCUCCUAGUGGAGCAUUCGCUGGCAGCCUCAAACCUCUGCUUGCCGAAUCAAAAUCCCACUUUUACCAAAAGAGAAACGAUUCUGGGUUUUCCGUCAGAGCCCAAACGCUAGACUUCUCUGAUUCAUUUUUCGAAGGCGGAUUCGGGUCGGAAGAGGACCCCACCUCUCCCCUACCCGGCUUCACCGCUGUGGAGGAAAAGGAAGAACCCCAAUGCCCACCCGGACUCCGACAGUACGAAACAAUGAUGGUUUUGAGGCCAGACAUGUCCGAGGAUGAGCGACUUACACUGACCCAGAAGUACGAGGAGCUACUUGUUGCUGGAGGUGGUAUGUACGUAGAGGUUUUUAACAGAGGAGUUAUUCCACUAGCAUAUAGCAUCAAGAAGAAAAACAAAGCAGGAGAGAGCAACACAUACUUGGAUGGCAUCUACCUCCUGUUCACCUAUUUCACAAAGCCGGACUCCAUAAGCACCCUUGAGGAGACACUGUUAGCGGAUGAUAAUGUUAUUCGAUCAAUGACUUCCAAAAUCAGGAAGAGGAAAUAUUAGUUUGUUUUGAGGCCUCCAGUAGUUCCCAGAAAAAGAUUGUUAUAAAAAGAAAUGUUAUAUUCAUCAUUUGUUAUUGUGGUAUUUUUUUUUAUUUUUUUAUUUCGUUUUCAUUCGGAUUCCAGUGUUUCUGUAACAUGGUUGAAUUUAAUGAAUAGAGAUGUAGGGGGUGCUAUCACUUGCAUCUGCAGAGUUACCUUGCCCCUAUGCAUUUGCGCAAUGUUGGCAAAUGGCAAUUGAGUUGUAAAAUUUUCAUCCCACUAUUCAAGAAGAGUAUACGGAACCAUUAAAUUAUUUAACAUUAC